UACAGAUCAGAGGAUGAGCACUUCUUCCAUGGCCUUUGAAUUAGAAGCUUCUUCCUCUCUCUCAUUCUCUUCUUCUUCCAUUCGUAAUUGGACUCACGAUGUAUUCUUGAGUUUUAGAGAUCCGUCAGAGGUACGACAUCAAAAAGGGAGUUUUGGAGAAGCAUUUGCCAAACUUAGAUAUAAGUUGAAGGAUGAAGUAAAGGUCACAAAGUGGGAGGCAGCUUUGGAAAAAGUAGCCAAUUUGUCCGGACUCGAAUUAGGGGACAGGAAUGAAUCAAAGUUUAUUCAGGAUAUCAUUAAAUGGGUGGAUUCAAUAAUGGUAAAUCGUACAUUUCUUAAGGUUGCAAAGUAUCCAGUUGGAAUAGAGUCCCGUGUACGAGACAUUUUUCAACAUUUAAGUAUGGGAAGGAAUGAUAUUAUAUGCAUGGUAGGGAUAUUUGGAACCGGUGGAAUUGGUAAGACAACUAUUUCAAAAGAGGUCUAUAACAGAAUUUCUUACCAAUUUGAAGGAAGUUGUUUCUUGAAAAACAUUAGAGAAACUUCAAAAGCAGGAGGUUUGAUCCAGCUACAAAAGACACUUCUUUAUGAGAUUUUGGGAAUAAGUUUGGAAUGUCAUGAUACUGAAAAGGGCAUCAAUGUAAUUAGGCAUAGACUUUGCUUUAAAAGAGUUCUCCUAAUUCUUGAUGAUGUGGAUGACUUGGUUCAACUAGAAACAUUAGCUGGAGCUCGUGAUUGGUUUGGUUCAGGAAGUAGAAUCAUCAUAACAACAAGAGAUCAGCAUUUAUUAAAUAUAUCUAAAGUUGAUUCAAAAUAUGAAGUAAAGAGAUUGGACCAUAAUGAAGCUCUUGAGCUCUUUAGUUGGCAUGCUUUUGAGGAAGACAAACCUAUGGAAGAUUAUGUGGAACUCUCUAAGCAUGUAAUGCAAUAUGCUGAGGGCCUUCCACUAGUUUUAACAGUGCUAGGCUCAGAUUUAAGGGGCCAGAAUAUAAAUUAUUGGAGAAGUACAUUGGAUAAGUAUAAACGAAUUCCUAGCAAAAAUAUUCAAAAAGUACUUUGUAUAAGUUACGAUGGAUUGGAUGAUAAUGAGAAGGAGAUUUUCCUCGAUAUUGCCUUUUUUUACAAUGGACAAUACCUGAAUCAUGUCGUUAAAAUAUUAGAUAGCUGUGGUUUCUCUCCGGAGAAUGGUAUCAAAAGGCUUAUAGAUAAAUGUCUCAUUACAAUUACUACUUACAAUACAUUGUGGAUGCAUGACUUGCUACUAGACAUGGGAAGAGAAAUUGUCCGAAAGGAAUCACCCAAAGAACCAGGCGCACGUAGUAGAUUAUGGUUUCAUGAAGAUAUUCGCCAUGUACUAGAGGAAAAUACUGGAACAAGCAAUGUUGAGGGGAUAGAAGUGAUUCUGCCUGAGGGUGAUGAUCAUGACAUGAUACGCUUGAGUCCCAAAUCGUUUGCAAAGAUGAAAAGACUCAGAAUUUUUAAAAGCCAUGGUGCAUACUUUUCUGGAAGAUCACUUGAUUAUCUUUCUAAUGAAUUAAGAGUGCUUGAUUGGUCAAACUGUCCUUUACAAUCUUUGCCAUCCAAUUUCCGUGGAGAGAAGCUCUUUGAUUUCAAACUAUAUAGAGGCCGCAUCCAGGAGAUUAGUGGGCAAUUUAAGAACUUGACGAGAAUGAGAUUUUUUGAGUGUACGUUUUUAACCAAAAUCUCAAAUCUUUCGAGUUGCUCAAGUUUAAAGGAAUUGGAUAUUAUGGAUUGUGAAAAUUUAGUCGAAGUUCAUGAUUCUGUUGGAUUCCUGGAUAAGCUUGCCCGUUUGCAUCUUUAUCAAUGCUCCAACAUGAAGAGUUUUCCAAGGCGUCUCAAGUUGAGAUCUCUAGAAGUCCUUACACUUUUUAAUUGGAAAAAUCUCAUUGUCUUUAGAAUGCGUUAUAGCAUGAUCAAGGAACUAGGGGACGGGUUCAAUCCCAAGAAUUUGACGACUAUGGCUUUCAAGCAUUGUAGUUACUUAACAGAGAUUCCGAAUCUUUCAAGCACCCCUAAUUUGAAGGAAUUGACUGUCAAAUGUUGUUAUAGACUAGUCAAGAAUUCUUCCAAGAAGCCUUAA